AUGGCUUCAAUCAAAGAAACUCCUUUAUCGAAACUGCAGCGCAUACAAAAAUAUAAAUUUAUUAUAAUAAAACUAAAAGAUCUUCGUAUUUCUUUUAAAAAUCACCAUGAGUUAAUUGGAAAAUAUGCAGCAUUCACUCGGCAACGAUCGAAAGAUCAAAGUAAACGUAUUGCUGAAUCAAAGUUUGUGGCUUCUGAUUGGUCCUUACAAGAAUUCUUACUCUGGAAGAAACUGCUGGACACAGUGGAGAAGUUCUAUGCAAUCGCAUUGGUUUGUCAAGAUCGUAAAAUCGAGUUGUUGGAAUUUUUAAAGAAGCAUGGAAAAAGCGAAUCGGUUAAUCUAUUCGAAUACUACGUCGGAAAUCAAAGCGAAAAACUCGUUGAUAAGUUAUAUCAAGAAUUAUUGGAGAACUUGAAAAUCGACGCAGAUUAUUAUAACAUUUGUCGGGAGUUUUUAUAUAAAGAAAGCACACCGAUAAAUCCAACCGAAGAGAGAAAAGUUUCGCAAGAAAUGUUGGACACGCUGAAAAAGACUUUUGAGAGUCAUUAUCAGUUAUUUGAGGAAAUCAACCGAGAUCCUUCAGUAUGGGCACGCGUCAAUAAGAAUACAAGUAUAAUGUGGAAACCAAAAUAA